CUCUCCGACAUAUUGUUUGUGAGAGAAGCAAAUUCUCGAAGGCAAGGAGAUAGAGGGGAUUACUUACAAUUUAUUUAUUAGCAAGAGAGAGUUUUUUGCUUACACGGGACAUAAUGGAGCCGGCAGCGAGUCCUGCGAAGGAUAACUACAGGAUGAACCGCUACAAGAACAAAGCCCUGAACCUGGAGGAGAUGAGGCGCCGGCGCGAGGAAGAGGGCAUACAGCUCAGGAAACAGAAGAGAGAGCUGCAGCUCUUCAAGAGGAGGAAUGUGGAGCUCCUGAAUGAGGAGGAGGCUGCGUUUGAGUCUCCCCUCAUGGACCCCUUCUUCAUGUCCGCAUCCAACCCGGAUGGAGUCAUUACGAGAGACAUGGUGGAGAUGCUUUUCUCCGAAGACCCCGAGCACCAGUUAGCUACGACACAGAAGUUUAGGAAACUCCUAUCCAAAGAGCCCAACCCACCCAUAGAUGAAGUCAUCAGCACCCCCGGGGUAGUCAAUAGGUUUGUGGAGUUCCUCCAUAACGCCAGCAAUUGCAAAUUACAGUUUGAGGCAGCUUGGGCACUCACCAACAUUGCGUCGGGCACGUCCCAUCAGACCAAGGUGGUGAUCGAGGCGGGCGCGGUACCUGUCUUUAUCGAGCUCCUCAACUCAGACUUUGAAGACGUCCAGGAACAGGCGGUGUGGGCCUUGGGCAACAUUGCAGGUGACAGUGCCAUGUGCAGAGACUACGUGCUGAACUGCAACAUCCUCCCGCCACUACUAACUCUGCUGACCAAAUCGACCCGGCUGACUAUGACCAGGAACGCUGUGUGGGCCCUCUCCAACCUCUGCAGAGGCAAGAGCCCACCGCCCAACUUCGAAAAGGUGUGUCCGUGUCUGCCCGUGCUGUCGCGACUGCUCUUCAGCAGUGACAUCGACCUGCUGGCGGACGCCUGCUGGGCCCUGUCCUACCUCUCGGACGGCCCCAACGAGAAGAUCCAGGCGGUCAUCGACUCCGGAGUCUGCAGGAGGCUAGUGGAGUUGCUCAUGCACACGGACUACAAGGUGGCCUCGCCUGCACUAAGAGCUGUGGGGAACAUCGUCACCGGUGAUGACAUUCAGACUCAGGUGGUGCUGAACUGCUCUGCGCUGCCCUGCCUGCUGCACCUGCUCAGCAGUGCCAAGGAGUCCAUCAGGAAGGAGGCCUGCUGGACCAUCUCCAACAUCACCGCCGGCAACCGGGGCCAGAUCCAGACCGUGAUAGAUGCAAACAUCUUUCCGGUGCUCAUUGACAUCCUGCAGAAGGCUGAGUUCCGCACCAGGAAGGAGGCGGCCUGGGCCAUCACCAACGCCACCUCGGGCGGAACAGCAGAACAGAUCAGGUACUUGGUGAACCUGGGCUGCAUCAAGCCCUUGUGUGACCUGUUGACGGUGAUGGACUCUAAGAUCGUGCAGGUGGCCCUUAACGGCCUGGAGAACAUCCUGAGGCUGGGGGAGCAGGAGGCCAAGCAGAGCGGCACUGGCAUCAACCCUUACUGCGGACUCAUCGAGGAGGCCUACGGGCUGGACAAGAUCGAGUUCCUGCAGAGCCACGAGAACCAGGAGAUCUACCAGAAGGCCUUCGACCUGAUCGAGCACUACUUUGGAGUGGAGGAGGAGGACGCCAACCUGGCACCGCAGGCCGACGAGAACCAGCAGCAGUACCUCUUCGCCCAGCAGGAGGCCCCCAUGGAGGGCUUCCAGCUAUAACCCCACUCCCCUGGCCGGGCCCCGUGAUCCACCCCACCCCACUCUCCCCCCUGGGCCCUGUGGUCCACCCCACCCCACUCUCCCUGGGCCCCGUGAUCCACUCCCCCAUCCCACCCCUUAAACCCUUGUCCCUAAUGUCCCUUGACCCUCUAACCAACCAACCAACCAACCAGCCCUUUCCUCCUUCACCUCUGGUUCCAAACGUAGACAUCCAGCUAAGUCCCAUCCCCCAUGUUGAUUCUUAUCGAAGCUGUGCUGAGCACAGAACAGUGCAAAAGUGCUGAGGGCAGAACUGCAAUAUGUUCCCCAGCACCCCCCUCCUUCCCAUACUAUCAGACACAGAAGAGAACAGCGGGAUGGGGGGAGUGGAGUUGAACCUCCCCUUUCAUUUCCUCUCCCCCUUCAAGGUUAAGUCAGAGACUUUGUGCAGAGGAAGAAAAUCACUGCUGAAAAUCUUUUAUCCUUUUCGAGUUUUUAUUUAAGAUCUUUUAAUUCAUCUUCUUAUUUAAUUCAAGACCUCCCCCCCCCAUGCAGUAUCUUUUCAAAGCACAUCCCACUUAGGUCAAGGUUCAGAAUGGAGGCUUUUUCUCCAAAGGCCCUCUGUUCUGUUCUAAAUGAUGUCAUACAUACUUCCCUGUUGUCAAUGAUCAGUUUGAAAUGGAUGUAUUCUCCCUUUUUUUUUAACUUUUAACCACAGUUUUCAAGCAAUUGACUAUUUCCCAUUUUAUUAUUUCAAUUCACCUGGAAAAAAUGCUGCUUUUCAUAUAGAUAUAAAAUUUCUGGUUUCAAUCUGAUCAGCAGGGUACACUUCAAAAAGCUCUCAACAUUUCCCCAAGUCUUUAUUUCCGUAAGUCGUUUUUGUUUAUUUUGGGAGAGCUCAUCAUCAUUUAAUUGCAAUUUAAGCUUUUGGCGCACAAGGAGGGCAUAGAAAUUAGUUGGAAAUAUUCUGUUGACAAUUACUUUUCUCUCAAGUUGCUGGGCGAUAGGUGUGUUCUGAAUGACGCACGCAAGAAGAGAAGAGAUGUUGAGAGUGGGAAGGCAUUGUGAAAAAGAGGAAGACGAAGUUGAAGAGGUGAACAGUAGGAACGCUUAAAUCAAGAUGUCAUCUAGAUAAGUAGCUAAUCAGAAAUGGUAAAACUAGCGCUAUGUUGUUUGUGGUGUGCAGUGUUCUAAAUAAUGAUGCAUUUGACAUAUGAAGUGAAUUAGUUAUUAAUUGCAAGAUUUAAAAAAAGAGGGAAAAACCAACGCAAAUCUGAGGGCUAGGACUUUCCUCUAUCUUUUGUUCAAGGUUAUUUUGUUUGCUUAUGAUUUUUUUUUCCUUUUGGAAAGAGUUUAAAAAGGAAGUCGUGGUUGCACGGAAUGGGAAGAGCGGGAUUAGUAAUUAGCUUUCACGUAGAUGCAUUUUUGACUCACCUACAGGGUUUCAUUUGUGUGUUCAUUCAAAGCCUAGUGUAUAUAAUCUGGUGGAGGUAUUGUAGUGUACAAGUUCUUGGCUCUGAUCGCCCUCAGUUUGUGCAUGUUAGGGUUUUGCAUGGUGUUGUAUUAAUCUACCAACAGUCAUGAUGUGUCCCUUGCCAAAUUUUUGGACUGGCAAACGUGGAGACGGUAAGCUUACAACUCCCAAAGUCCUUCUAUGUUGUCUUUAGAAGUUUAGGAAAAGUUACCUUUUACCUCAAAUUGUGUUUUGACUAGUAGAUUUCUGAGAGUGCUGCUAAUGCAGUGUUUUUUCCCCAUUUUUGUUUGAACCCAUAAUAUAUUUCAUUAUGUGUAGACCUACUUUUUAUGCUUCUAUUCCUAAACUCUGGAGACAACUGGGAUUUGACAAGGAACAUGUUUUUAUCAUGACAAACCUAACAAAAGCAGAAAUAAUUGUGUAAUAUUUAAAAAAAAAAAAAAAAAAGCACACACCUCAUACACACAUGCAGGACAAGACCAGCAUACACCGCAUGCACUACACACAGAUGAUGAAUACACAGUGGAGGAAAAACGGCUUCCAUAACCUUAACUUUUUUCUGUGAACAUCUUUUGCCUUUCAACACCUUCUAGUUUGGUCUCUACAAAAUAGUUCCUGUUCCUGAGCAUUUUUUUUUCCACUCUCAAUUUCCACAAUUUGCACUUUUUGGUUCGUGCACGUCACUGUAGUAUACAGCUUUAAAAAAAAAAAGGCAAAAAAGAAGAAGAAAAAUCGCAUACUCUCACAAA